UCUCCCUCCAUUCUCUGUCCCCUCAUUUUCCUCUAUGCUCUUGCCUAGACUGGCAGUUUCCCCCAGCUCCUUGUACAGUCCGAUCUUUCCAUGCUGUCUUCAGGCCCUGCUUCCUGUACAUCUCCCAACCCUGGCACAGACAACCCAGACAAGAAAGUCCACUGGGCUUCUGAGAAGAGAAGGAGGGCAUCAUCCACGGACUCAGAGUCAAAGACUCACUUGGACAUUUCUAAGUUGCCCAGGUCCCGGAGACCCAGCCGGCUGACGGUGAAGUAUGACCGGGGUCAUCUGCAGCGCUGGCUGGAGAUGGAGCAGUGGAUAGAUGCUCAGGUCCAGGAACUCUUCCAGGGUCAAGAAGAUCCUCCUGAGCCCGAGAUUGAUCUGGAGGCUCUCAUGGAACUGUCCACAGAAGAGCAAAGGACUCAGCUGGAGGCCAUUCUCCAAGACUGCCCAGGCAACAGAGAGCCUUUUAUUUCUGAGCUACUCAGUCAACUCAAGAGACUUCGGAGACUCAGCAGGCCUUCGAAAUAAUCCUGGAGGGACCAUCUUCUGAAGCCUCAGCACUGUCAGGAUCCAUAUCUCUGAUCUGGAUACUGGCUGAAAGGCUGAAAGGCCUUCAAUACAGACAAGGGCUGCAGAAGACAAAGAGAGACACUUGAGUAGCCCACAUGUGUGUGCAGCCCCAGCUGGCUCUCAGCUGGGCUCUCUGGGAGUCAGCUGUAGUUGUUGUCUAAUGCUUUCCUUGGCAUCCAAGAUAAAGCCUUUAGAAACCCAGA